AUGUUUCGAGCGGCUGCGGCCGGGCCGUACGAUGCGGCCAUCAACAAGGCCACGGACGAGAACCAGACGUCGGAGGACUGGGGCGCCAUUAUGGAGAUUUGCGACCGAGUCGCCAGCGAUGCGAAUGGGCCCAAGGAGUCGGUCGCCAGCCUGAUCAAGCGCUUGGCGCAUCGCAACGCCAACGUCCAGUUGUACACGCUUGAAGUGGCCAACGCCCUGUCCCAAAACUGCGGCAAGAACAUGCACCGCGAGCUGUCGAGCCGCGCAUUCACGGAUGCGCUGCUCAAGCUCGCCAACGACCGCAACACGCACACCCAGGUCAAGGCCAAGAUCCUCGAGCGCAUGAAGGACUGGUCCGACAUGUUCAAGUCCGACCCGGACCUCGGCAUCAUGUACGACGCCUACUUCCGCCUCAAGCAGACCAACCCGACCCUCCAGCCACCGAGCGCACCGCAAAAGAACAGCCUCACCGAUGUCGACCGCCAGAAAGAGGAAGACGAGCUGCAGAUGGCGCUCAAGUUGAGCCUGCAGGAGGAGGAGCGGAAGAAGGCCCCCGCGCAAGCGUCCACGUCCGGAUCUUCCGGGGCAGCCGGCUCAGCCAGCGCUGGGCCUGCCAACCAGCAGCAGCAGCAGGCUCCGAUCCAACCGAUGCCAUCGGGCACCACAGCUGCCACGGUGUCUCGCGUCCGGGCGCUGUACGAUUUUGUGCCGUCGGAACCGGGCGAGCUGGAGUUCAAGAAGGGCGACGUCAUCGCGGUCCUCGAGAGUGUGUACAAGGACUGGUGGCGGGGCUCGCUCAAGGGCAAGACGGGUAUUUUCCCGUUGAACUACGUGGAGAAGCUUACGGACCCCACCCCGGAUGAACUUCAGCGCGAGGCACAGAUGGAGGCUGAGGUGUUUGCCGAGAUCAAGAAUGUGGAGAAGCUGUUGACCUUGCUGAGUGCCAGCAACACUGCUCCGAGGGAGGAGGAUAAUGAGGAGAUCUCGAAACUCUACCAUCAAACAUUGGCUAUCCGCCCGAAGCUUAUCAAGCUCAUCGAGAAAUACUCGCAGAGGAAAGACGAUUUCACGCAACUCAACGAGAAGUUCAUCAAAGCCAGGAGGGACUACGAGGCCCUGCUGGAGUCGUCCAUGGCCCACCCCCCGGGGCCGACGUACCACCAAUACGCAAUGCGCCCCCAGGUCCCGCAAGGCUACCCACCCCCCGGCCCGGGGUACGGAGCACCACCUCCGCAGCAACAGCAGCAGCAGCAGCAGCAGCAGCAGCCGCCGCCGCAAGACCCGCAGCGCUUCUACACCCCGGCGCCCGGUCAAGAACCAUCCCAAUAUCCUCCUUCCUCUCCACCUCCCAAUAACUUCCAGCGGCCCGGCCCGGGAACCACUCCUGCUCCCUUUUAUGUAGCAGGCGCCGAGGUUCCUUCUCAGCAGCCCGGCCAGUCGGUACCGCAACAAGCGCCGCCGCAACAGCAGCAGCACCAACAGCAGCAUCCCCCACAGCCGCAGCAACAACCCCCGCAGCCGCAAUACAACGCCCAGCGCCCCCCCGAGCAGCAACGAAUUCCAUCCGCCGGCAAGCUCCCAGCCCCCCUGCAAACAUCCACCUCUCCUCCCCCA